AUGGAUGCGGGGGAUCGGAUGUUCUGCCAUUCCUGCGGCGGGGUCUGGCUACGAAAUGAGCGCGGACUGACGUGUCCCACCUGCCACUCUGAAUUCACCGAAAUUAUUGAAAUCCCCCCUGACACCGAAGCCCCCGACCCUCCUGAAGAAGCUCCCGAAGACCGAUUCACGCCGCCCGUGAACUCUUUCGCAAACCACAAUCCCUGGGCUUCCACCGGCGUUGACGACUUCCAGGAUCGAUUCUCCGGCGGCAACAGAGGCACCGGAAAUGAUUCAGGAAAUGGAUUCUCUCAUCGCACCUAUCGCUCGCCCGACGGUCGGUUCACCUUCUCUAGCACGACGUACUCUUCCGGGCUGCCUCGACGGUCAACCGACCCGCAGGGCAACAUGCAGAAUGACCCGUUGAUGCCGAUGGUGCGGGGCUUGGACACGAUCUUUCAUGGACUGGCGAAUACGUAUCAGCAGACGGAUCCUCAUCGGCCCGCGGGUCAGCAGCCCUGGGGAGGACGGCAGAGACCGUGGCAUCUGCACGAUGAGGAUGCCAACGAACAUGAUUUUGGAGGAUGGGGGCAGGGGCCCAGACCGGCGGGACUGGGGGGGCAGGGGAGAGCGCCCGGCAUGACGCACGACGGGUCCUUUGACCACGGUCUACGGUUUGGAGGCGGCUCGAACUUCCAUGAUGAUGAGCUGCAUCCCCGCGACGCGGACGGUCCACAGCCGAUGCCUACUCCUCUACGUAGUUUGGGCGAGUGUGUUUUCCCCUUCCCUUAUGAGUUGCACGUUGCUAACUGUGGCAGUAUCUUGGAACUCUUUCGCACCGAUUUCGGUGCAAACAACCAGGCUGGCAACGGCGGGUUCCGAGUCAUGACCGGUCCCAACCCCCUGGCGAUGCUGUCGGCGCUGUUGAACGUCGAACGGCACGGGGAUGCGGUUUAUUCGCAGGAGGAGCUGGACCGGGUGAUCUCGGAGCUGGUGGACCGAAACGGCAAUCACACCGCCGCCCCGCCGGCCUCGCAGAAUGCUAUCCGGUCUUUGCCGAAGAAGAAGGUCGACCGGGAGAUGCUGGGGAACGACGGUAAGGCGGAAUGUUCGAUCUGCAUGGACCCGGUGGAGAUGGGCACGGAGGUGACGGUGCUGCCGUGCAAGCACUGGUUUCACUACGGCUGUAUCGAGAUGUGGUUGAACCAGCAUAAUACAUGUCCUCAUUGUCGACGGGGUAUUGAUGCUCCUCCUCCUGCACAAACCGAAAGAAACGAAGGAACCAGCGACAACCCCGUGUUGAUCGACAGCAGCCCCGAGACGUCUCGUCGCGGCAGUGCCGUACCCGAACACAGUGGACAGCCGACGGGAUGGAGCUGGAACAGCGCCGAGGGCGAGACUGAGCGACAAAGUAGUCGAGAUCAAGGGACGGGCGGAGGAGGAUUGGCCGGAUGGGUGCGAAGCCGAUUCGGAGGAGGGAAUUAG